AUGUCAGAAAUGAUACUCCUCACAACCCCCCAGCAGCACGUGAUGGAGGAGUCCUCAGGCGCACCAAUCAGGGAGGGCUGUGAGGCUGACCGUCGGAGCCCUGGUUCCGAGGCACCGACACUAGACUGUUUUGGUGAUGACCGCUCUCCUCCACCAGCUCCCCCAGUUCAAGCCGCUACUACUACUCCCUCCCCAUCAUCUCAUGUCCAGCUCGUCCAGUCUACGCCUGAUUCUUUUCCAGAGUUAGUCUCUGCGACAACUCUUGGCCCUGUGACGCCUCCCGAGAGCCCGACUAAAGACGAGCUUGCCAGCGCACCCGACAUCAUCGAUUCCUCCACUCCUUCGCCUGCUUCCAGGGCACCCUUUGUGCGUGGGCACCGGCGUCGCUCCACCCACGUCAGUCGUCGCGACCUUGAUCAAUUCAGAAAGGACGUUCUGGGCAUUGAACCGCCCACGGGUAUCCGACUCGAGGAGGAGGGUAACAUUCGCCGACGGAUCAAUCCCUCAGUCGACCCUGAGUUCGAAGAUCUGAACCGUGCGUUCGAGUCCGCGAACAUGUCCCUGAACAGCAGCGGUGGCAUGACCAGCAACAGUCCUGGGUCGAGCAUGUUUUCCAGUUAUGUCGAAAACAACGCGGGUCCACCCAAUAUACCCAACGUUCCUCGCCAGUCCAUGUCUCCCGCGAUGCCUCAUACUCCUGGCCAGGUCAACGGCGGUGGAUUGCCUGGGAUGAACGCGGGGAUUCCUAUGAAUGCGGGUCACCAGAUGGAUCUUCAUCAUCUUUAUGAUAUGGUGCUUGAACUGAGCGAUGUGCUGAAGAACAACCGUGAGAUGACCAAAAACAUUGUCACGAGCGCGGAGGAGAUCAUGAGACGCUCUUCUUCAGACGGUGCCAGUCCUAGCAUGCAGCAGGUGAACGGUGAAAUUACAGGUAAGCAUCGCGUCAGACUUGUUCGCAUCCCUGAGAGUGUUCUAAUAAGCAUGGUAGCCGCCCGCAUUGCCGACCUCGAGCGUGCGCUCACGAAGGAAAAGCGUAUCGCCGAGGUACUCAAAAACGAACAGGUGGAGAAUACCAAGUUGAUUGGCGAAUACGAGGCGGCCGUGGGAACUAUGGUUGAACAGAUCCGGAACUACUGUCAGAACAACAACAUGCAAUACCUCGCCCAGAAACGUCACUACAACAGCCUUCUCCAGGCAGAACGCGAUUCCCACUUGGAAAGCCGCUUGGACCGCGAUCAUUGGCACGCGCAGACCAUGAAGUGCGCCGAGAUGAUCCGAACCGCCUACCGUCUCCGCUGCGAGGAAGAAGAAGUGCCUCUCCGUAUUGUCGCCGGCCUUCAAAACGAAGUGCGUGCGUACCGCCACGCGCUCGGCAUGGAACCCGAGAAGCCUGAGGAAGAAUACGGCUGGGAACUCUUGAAGGACGUGCCCGGUGGACUCGACUAA